AUGGGUGUCUCAGAAAAAGAAGUGGAUUUCCCUAGAGGAGGAGCACCAACGGUUCGAACACCUCAUGCAGCGAAGUCUGCGUCUUCAAAGGUGGUGAAAUCACACAACGACGAAAAUCAGUUGUUCGGUGUUACCAAGAAGCGAAAAUCAAAGUCCAGAGCUCCUUCGUCUUCCGAAACACCCACUAAAAAGAAGAAAUCAGAAGAAAAGUCAGCAGUAUGGAGCAAGCCAAUGACCCUGGACCUCCUUACCGACGGUGUUAUGGGGUUAGGAGUUGUUAUAGAGAUUCAUGAAGAUUAUGUGUUAUUAGAAACCGCCGACUCAUGUCGUGUAAAACUUCCUGCCACUCAGAUAUCUAAAAAAUUCACGGAAUAUUUGAAACUCGAGAAAAUUUCUCUAGAUUCUGCAUUUGUUAUUGGUCAGAUGGUUCCAUUUCGUGUUACUGAGCGUAGCUCACAAACAACAAAGAAGAAGGGAAAAGGGAAGAAAACCACGUCAGCGUUGCCUUUUGUUACUUGCGAUCCUUCAAAGCUGUAUUCUCAUUUCUCACCCGCAAGACUGGUACCUGGGCUUGUAUUGCAGGGUAUUGUGGAAAGUAUCGAAGAGAAAGGUGCCCUUUUGGACAUUGGUAUGCAAUCACUGCAAGCCUUUCUGCCUACCAAGAACCAACAGCGAAGUGUAAUUAUUGGCCAGCCAGUUAUGGUUCGGAUAGAGCUUGUAAAAUCGUCCAGAGUUAUAGCUGUCACUUCAUACGUGGAACAGGAUAAUUUAUGCCUGGAGGCUUGCCAGAGUCUGCAACUGAAUCAUUUAACUCCUGGGACGAUCAUAGACUGCGAACCGGAUGCUGAGCCGUCAAUAACCGCCGGAGUUUAUGUCAACUUGGGGAACGGUGUUCGUGGUUUUGUGGCGAAGAGCCAUCUACCUCCUCGUCUACGUGGGGACAUAACCAAAAUUGGAAGAGCGUUGCGAUGUGUCGUCAUGUUUUGUCAACAAGAACACUCCCCUUCUUGUGCUAUCCGCACAUCCCGACAUUAUUGCUGUAAGCAAACCCGAAAAGCGUUCUUCAUUCCUGGUACGUUUAAAGAACUUUAUCCGGGCUAUUCUGUUGGCGAUCGUUUGAAAUGCACAGUUAUCGAUGUCGUUCCAUCAACAUACCUUGUUUGUUUCUCGCUGCCUACGGGAGAGGAUGGAAAAGUCCCACUUGUGUCCGCAAUUUCUUAUAAAAAGUACCUGAAUAAGCCUGAAGAGAUAGAGAAAAUCUAUACUCUUGGAUCAGAGCACACAUGUCGAGUAAUGAAUUUCCGCUAUGCUGAUCGAUGUAUUGUUGUCUCUACUCGUAAAGAUAUGCUCAGCCAAAAGUUUGUAUCUUAUAAGGACGCGGUGCUGGGCCAAGUGGUUGAAGCCGAAGUGACGGAGGUUCAUCCUCGUGGCGUCCAAGUGACUCUGAACGGUUUCGUGAAAGGCUUCAUCCCUGCAGAACAUGCUUCCGAUAAAAAAGUUGCGUUAGAGAAAGUGUUUACUGUCGAAUUGAAGCCAAACAGGAGCGCUAACGAGGUUGGGGAGAGGCGUGACAUGCGUCAGCGUGACUUGGAAGGUAAAUCUAUCAAAUGUCGUGUUUGGUUUGUUAAUGAGGAAAAGAAACAAGUAUGGCUCACGGCACGUCCAUCUUUGGUGAAUUACAAGGGAGCUGUAAUAACGAAAUACGAAACAAAGAAUGAGGGCGUCGUAAGUGUCGGCAUUGUGCUGAAGGUUUUGGGGACGGGCGGUGUCGUGUUGCAGUUUUUUGGAACAGCACGUGGACUUCUCGUUGCUAGUGAAGCGAAAAGAAUGGGCUCUGAAAUCAGGGUUGGGCAAGCUCUUGAAGUUCGCGUUACGUCAGUCAACGUUGCUGAGAGCAAAAUGACAUUGGCAUUAGCUGAUGAGUCUGCUGGAUGUGCGGAACACAUUUUGAACCCCAAGGCCAUUGAGUUCUCAGUUGGCGAAUCUGUUCUGACCGCUAUUAUUGACGAUGUUACGGAGUCUACAGUUAACGGUCAUCGUUCAGAAAGAGCAAUACUUCAUCUCGAUUCAAACCCUUCCGUCAAAGGGAGUCUGGUAUCGAAUCUUGUUUCUGAUUCGUUAAAUCCUCCUUUCGAAUCGAUGAAAACGACGUUCAGAGCCGGCUUGAAGCUAAGUCCUGUCGUUCCACUAGGGUUUCUCGGGGGUGUUAACAGGUUCACUACAAAGCGUUUCGUAUGUGAGUGGCUGAAAACUUUUGGAGAAAAUGUUCCAAAGUCUUUUAAUGAUCUGAAACAAGGACAGCUUAUUUGUGGCUUGAUUUCACAGCGUGUACCCGACAGCUGCCUUUAUGUAGAAUUAGCCGGUGGAAGUGGACUCAUUGGGAAAGUGGCAUUCAGCGAUAUCGAUGGAGGAAAGGAUGGUGCAACCGGUCUGCAGAUUGGUCAAACAGUUCUGGUUCGUAUAAGUAAGAUCAAUCGAGAGAAGAAAACCUUUCGUGUCAGCUUGAAGCUGGCUGACUGCGUGCCAGACCAGAAUCUGCCAACAAAGGCUGCAUCACCAUUCUCUUCGGUCGCUUUGCAGUUGCUGCGCUCGUCGGUCGAAGAACUGAUCGCUCUUGCAGAGAUCUCUAAAACAAAAUUGCCUUCGCUAGGCAGCGCUGUUGCAGCAACUGUGUCUCAGAUUGUGGAUGACGUCCUCUUUGUUACGUUUGGUGGAAAGCUGACCGGAUGUGUUCGGAAAGGGAAUUACUCUGGAGAUGUCAAGGUUGGAGAUAAAAUCAAAUGCCUUAUUAUCGAUUACGUUUUCCCACGUAACGACGCUGAAUUGGUUAUGAUAGACUCAGAAGCUUCCAUGUCCUCGAAAAAGAAGAAAAGCAGUAAAGAACGAAGUGCAAAGGGUUCUGCGUCAUCUGAUCGUAUAGUGCUGGUGAAAAGAGACUAUGUCGUUGUGCUGCAUAGAACGGAGCACUUGGUGUUCGUUCCAACGAGAUUUCAUCCCAAUCAAAUUGUGGAAAUCAAAAAUGGUCCUUCUUCUUUCCUUUUUUCUUUCUUUUUCCAUUCUUUCCUGUCUAUGAUCAUCGGCACACUGCGGGUAUCGUUUGGUGAUGAGGUGCAAAUUACGAAUACGAUACAACUAACGAAUACCGUAUAUAUUGGCUUUCUGGAAGGUGAUGAAAAACUGAUAGAAAAACUGAUUUCGGCAAGUAAAAGUGCCUCUAAAGCAGGCCGAUCUUCUGACGAGAAUGUGAGCGAAGGUGACGAACAUCCUCGGAAGUCCAAAUCUGAAUUGGGUAUUCGAACUAGAAGUGUCAAGAAUCUCAAGACCUACACAGGUACUGUGAUGGGUGAGUGGACUAGUGAUGAUCGGCGCGAUCAUGGCAAACUUGCUGCACUUGUUCAACUGCCUGGAGGAAACAUUGGUCGUCUCCAUGUUUCUGAACUCCCGGCACGAUUUCUAAUGGGAAGCAGUUCUCCCCUUGAAGAUUUUAUCAAGCGAAAUCGCAACAAAGCAGUUGUUGUAAAAGUUAUCCGAUUCACACCAAUCAAGAGGGGAGACUCAAAGGUACGUGUCGCAGAACUGACGAUGGAUGAAUCGAAAAUGGGAAAAGCGCGAAAACAAGCUUCAUUGGUCGCUUUUCAAAAUGAUUUCAAUGCAAGUCAUUAUUUCCAUUACCUGCAUUUUUUCCAUCCUGGUGACGUUGUUCGUUGUUUCGUAAUUCCUAACCAAGAGAUGACGAGUAAAAAUAUCCGUGUGGAGGUCAAUCCUAUCUGGUCUGGUCAAAUAGCACACGAAGCUGUCGGUGAUGAUAUGAAGGUUAGCGCUCCACAGCAUGAUGGAGAAGUGUUCGAGUGCAUACCUAAAGGCGGUGAAAUGCGAAUGGCGAAAGUUCUGAGUGCUGUAAAGAUCAAGAAGGGUCACGGCCAUGGACUUUUGAACUUGGCUUUCGAUCUGCAAGCAGAUGUUAAGGUCAAAGUUCGAACCCGGUCAUCGGUUGACUGCUCGCGUGACGCAUGUAAAGCAUCACCCGAUGUCUGUGCAGUUUUCAUUUGGCCAACGGACAACUGGCGACGUUGUGUGCGACUGCGAUCGCGAAUAAUUACGAGAAAGUGCAUCAACAUAUCGAAGCAUUUCAACGUGACUGGGAUCUUUCAUUUGUAUGCGCUGCGUCAAGAGCAAAAUCCUCAACGUAAUUACGUGUGCGCAGAAGGUCGGUAUGAGUCGUAUCUGAGGAACAAAGACGUGCCAGCUAAGAAGGACGAUCACCGACGACUGCUCGUCGAUCGCAGCGAAGUUGCGGCAGGAUAUGUGUGCGAUGGAUUCGUUGCUAAACAUACAACUGAUGCCUUGUUGGUAGAAAUCGGACCAGGAAUUAUUGGUCGCCUCCGGAAAAUACACCAUCCGGAAGUCUCAACAAUUACCUUGAACUCGAUAGUUACUGUACGAGUACGUCACGUAGAUAAUGAAGGCCGGAUAUCCCUUUCGCUUGUUGCCGUUGUAUUCAAAGCACCCGCAAUCCAGGAUAGAAAACGAGCAGCCGAGGAAGAUGACUCUGUAGUACCGAAAAAGGAGAAGAAAAAGGAAUCCUCUCCCGAACCAGUUGAAAAGGUUUCGUUGAGUGAUCCCGGAUUUGACUGGACAAAUACUGGUUUUCGCCCAGAAGAUCUUGCAGCUGUGGGUAAACUUGGAAGUGACGACGAAGAUGAUGAUAAACCCGCAGCAGAUAAGGCUUCACCGGAGGAGGUCCAGAAACCGCCGGUGGAAGUCAAAAAAGAGCGGGUGAAGGAGAUCAAGAAAGUGAAGGCAAUGACUAAGGAAGAACAGGAUAUGGAGAAAGAGCGAAGGCUGACAAAUCGAGAAGUGGAACUCUCGGGUGACUUUGAACCAGAAACCCAAGAGGACUUUGCUCGACUCUUACGAAAAGAUCCUAAUUCUGCUGAGAUAUGGAUAAGAUAUAUAUCGUUCUUCCUCGAAAAGAAUGACCUCACUAAGGCGCGUGCUACUGCUGAGCGAGCUCUCACAGUAAUUAAUUACAGGGAAGAAGCCGAAAUUUUUAAUAUUUGGACCGCGUUCCUGAAUAUGGAAGUGGCAUAUGGUGAUGAAACAUCAACAAAAGAGGUGUUCAGCCGAGCUUGUGGCAAUGCAGACGCUUACAAAAUACACAAACAAAUGGCUGCCAUAUAUUCGGACACUGGCAAGAAUCAGGAAGCCGAUGAAAUCUAUGAUGCAAUGGUGAAGAAGUUCCGUGCGAAUUCUGACGAUGUUUGGACGCUAUAUGGCGAGCAUUUAAUGAAAACCGAUCGAGCCGAUGCGGCGCGUGAAUUGAUGAAGAGAGCACUCGCUAGCGUUCCGAAGCAACGGCAUGUUCCAUUGAUCAGCCGAUUCGCUCAAAUGGAAUUCCGUAAUGGAGAUGUUGAGAAGGGACGUACACUAUUCGAAAGCCUGGUGAGGGUCUAUUAA